UGUAUUCUUAUCGUCAAAUUCAAUUCUCUCUGAAACUUGCUUCUCCGGAAGAGUUGGAAUUUCUAAUUCAUGCCCUUCCAGUGUUCUUCUUCUUCUUCCGCUGAUGUGGGUUCCUUUCAUUGUGACAGAUUUUUUCUUUACCUAAGGAGGAUUUAGUUUGGGAUUCGCAAGAGAUCGCUAGAUGGAAGAUUACAUUUUGAAUUUGCUGGUUUGGGCACUUAUUUCAUGGACAACAGCUUUUAUCCUGAUCAGAAAAAUCUUCCCAAAACGCUCAUUCAGUUUCUGCAACCGCAUUGUUUCUACAGUCCAUGCUUCCUUGGCAGUCACUUUGUGUUCUCUCUCUGUUGAGGAUUGGCGAUGCCCAGUUUGUCCUUUGGCUUCUAUGUCUUCUCCUUCACAGAUGAAGACUUUGGCUGUUACUCUUGGUUACCUCAUUUAUGAUCUCACAUGUUGCUUGUUUGAUGACCAUGUGAACAUAGAUAAUACAGUUCAUCAUCUGGUUAGCAUUCUUGGACUUGGGGCUGGCCUUGCCUAUAAAAGGUGUGGAUCAGAGAUGGUUGCAGCACUGUGGAUUACAGAGAUCUCCAGCCCUUUUCUCCACAUGAGGGAACUUCUCAAAGAAAUUGGUUACAGAGAUACUGACCUUAAUUUAGCUGCUGAUAUUUUGUUUGCAGUAAUCUUCACAUUUGCAAGAAUGGUAGGCGGACCUUACCUCACUUAUGUGACUCUAACUGCUAACAACCCACUACUCAUAAAGGCGAUGGGGCUCGGAUUGCAAUUAGUGAGUGCUUUCUGGUUCUACAAGAUAGCAAGGAUGGUGAAGAACAAACUGACCAAGAGAAAUACAUCUAAAAAAUUGACCUGAAGCAUGAAGGCCCCAUGUGUGUUUCUAUGAUAUUUGAGGGAUGUAGAAGGAAAAUUGAUAUCAUGUUGUUGAUCUAGGAAGGCUUAUUUCUCCUUCUCUCUAAGCAUUGGAACUUUUAUAUCUGAGAUGAUACUUAAAACUCAGCUGGGAAAUGUACCAAGAAAGAAACUUCAAAUCAGAAUUGAAUCAAUGAAAAUUUUCUAUUGUGA